AUGGUUGUUCGGUCGCUUUCCGUGGCUCCUUGGUUCCACAGUCCAGUUGUCGAUGCUCUGAUUGUCGACUCCUACUAUGUAUCCAUCGUUAUCGUGGCGCUCGUCUUCCCUUGCACCGCAACGGACCGCACUCCCAUCAUGAAGCCCGACUAUCCUCCGGACGUGGAGGCGUCCAGCACCAAAGACAACAACAUGGCUCAUAGGACAGUUUCCCAGGAGGAGAACCCAAAGGACUUUGUCGCCAUGGAGGACAUCGCCCGAGUCGUCGACCAUGCCGCUGAGAAGAGCUUAGCUCUCAAGUUUGACUUUCGUAUCUUGCCAGUUCUUGCCAUCAUGUAUCUUUUCAAUGCCCUUGAUAAAGGCAAUAUUGGCAACGCUCAAACCAAAGGCCUCAGCAAAGACCUUCACUUCAAGGACGGCCAAUACAACCUCAUCGUCUCCAUCUUCUUCGUUCCCUACGUCAUCUUUGCCCCUCCCUUCGCUAUGCUCGGCAAGAAAUACGGUCCAUCUCGCGCCCUGCCUGUAAUGAUGUUUUGCUUCGGCUCAAUGACACUUCUCACGGCAGCCGCCCAAAACUUUGGCGGCAUCUUUGCUCUUCGCUGGUUCCUCGGAAUGGCCGAGGCCGCAUUCUUUCCCACCGUCAUCUACUACCUCACCACCUUUUACCGCCGUGGCGAGCUUGCCAGACGAUUAGCCAUCUUUUAUGCCGCCUCCAACAUUGCCAACGCCUUUAGCGGUCUGCUGGCCUUUGGCGUCUUCCAUAUCAAGGAUAGCAAGAUUCUGGCCUGGCGCUAUCUCUUCCUCAUCGAAGGUAGCAUCACCGUUCUAUUUUCCUUCUUCGCCUUUUGGUACCUACCUAGGAACGCCAGCGAGGCCAAGUUCCUGACCCGGGAAGAAAAGGACCUCGCUUUCCAUCGUAUCCAAGUCGACUCCUCCGCCGUCGUCGAUGAAAAGUUCAACCUCAAAGAAGCCUUGAAGAUUUUCACAUACCCCUCGACAUUCUGCUUCCUCGGCAUCGAAAUCUGCUUGGGUGUGCCUCUUCAGUCCGUUUCUCUGUUUCUGCCCCAGAUUAUUCAGCGUCUGAAGUUCGACACGAUCAAGACCAACCUCUACACUGUGGCCCCCAACGUCACCGGUGCCGUCAUGCUACUGCUUCUAGCCUUUGCCUCUGAUUUGACGCGUCUGCGUUUCCCCUUUAUCGUUCUCGGCUUCGCUUUUACCUUUACUGGCUUCAUCAUCUAUGCCGCCAUUGAUGAUGUCGAGAAGCAGUUGCAUCUGGCUUAUUUUGCCACAUUUAUGAUGUGUUGGGGAACAUCGGCGCCAUCCGUCCUUCUCUCGACUUGGUACAACAACAACGUGGCCCACGAAGGUCGGCGCAUCACGUUGACCGCUGUCGGCGUGCCUCUGGCCAACCUCAUGGGCCUCGUAUCGAGCAACAUUUUCCGACUAAAGGACGCUCCCAAGUACAAGCCGGCGCUCAUCACCACUGCUGCCUUCGGCGCCACUGGCGUGAUCCUCACUGCCUGCCUGGGCGCGUACAUGAUUUUUGACAAUGCUCGACGAAAUCGCAAGGCGGGCAGGAAGACUGACGCUCGCGACGUUCCCACGCACCGGUUGCGGGACGGCCCCAGCACGGCAGAGUUUCGAUGGUUCCUUUGA